CACUGUCGCUUUGAUGAGCUGGUUGCCUCUAUGGAAAUAAAAAUAAAAUUUACGCUUUUGUAUUUCUUGCAAAUGUUAAUAAAUAAAUAAACCGCAACAGCCAUUACAAGUGGCCAUUUUUCCCAGAGUCUUCGAAGGCAUCACCCUAUCGCAGCUUCCCCGCCGCACCUCUCAGGUGUCCGCCGGGCCAGUCGGCUUCACACUGUCAUCGGAGUCUGUAGAGGAAUGAACGCGCGGCGGCAUGGCGGACAGAGAGAAGCGGAAAGCCACCCCGCCUUCCGGCCGUAGCUUCCAGGUGAACUCUCCGGCCAGCUUCAGGCUGACUCAUGACAUCAGUCUGGACGGGUUUGAGGAUGAUGACCUCACAGAGAUUACAGAGAUCACAGAUGAACGAGGGAUGAGUCUCAACUGUAACGGCCCAGAUAUAAAAGGCCGUGUGAGACGAGGAACCAGUAGCAUGUCAGGAAGGGUGGAGCUGGGAGCGGUUGGCCAGCUUCAGGCAGAGAUGCUGCAUUUAGACCUCAUUGACGGUGCUGACGGUUACCGCGGUGAUAAAGACUCUUCGAAGGCAUCUCCUGUUGCAACCGCACUAGUCACCAAGGACUUUGUAGGACCUGUUACCAUGGAUACUUACCGACCCAAGAGACCUACAACCCUUAACCUCUUCCCGAUUGUGCCACGCUCACAGGACACAUUAAACAACAACUCAUUUGGAAAGAAAUACAGCUGGCAGGAAAAAGUUUCAGGCUCAUCCUCUCCCCUCAAAACAGGCGACCUCACUCCUCCACGAGAGCACAGCUGUCUGAGCGACGAGGACAAGGUGCAAGGUGGGGCUGCGCAGACCAAAGACAGAGGAACGUCCACUGACGCCCCCUGCAAACACAGCCACACCUCGGGGCACUUGCACAAUUCAAGCUCAGGAGCUGCAACACGCUCUAAAUUGCAGGAGAAACCACCCCAACCACCACCGCCACAGAACUACACACCAGCUCCUCUUUACCCAGCGGGUAAGAUUGACAGCUCGGGUCACCGGGAAAAGAUUCGCUACCAGACGGAUGUUCAUCUGGAACCCACAGAGGAAAUUUAUCUGACUCCAGUGCAACGUUCAGCAGACCCUGUGGAACCCUGUGUUCAGGAACGGCCCUUUCUCUCACAACAAACUGAACAAGGACGCAUGUCCAUAAGCUCUGAUACAGAGGGACCACCUCCGUAUCAGCCCCUUCCAGACCGGACCAACCCCUCCAUUUAUGAGGAGGACGAGCUCUAUGUACCCCCACCUUCAUAUGCUUCCUGCGUAGAGUCUCUCAUCACACCACCUAAUAUAGCUGUUUCAGCACACGGCUCUGUUGCAAUAGACCUCAACUUGAAAGGGACAAGAGCAGGGGCCAUGCUGAGGGCUGGGUCAUCAGUAGAAUAUGUGGACGCUACUGAUGAAAGUUACUGUGGUGAGGAUGAGGAUAUAGACAGAAUAAUAAUAGACGGAAGGAUGAAAAAGAUGGGAGGAAAGGGAGACGGUGGUAGCAGUAAACCUACCCCUCUAAGGACAACCAUGAGCUCUGAGGCCAGAAGCCUGACAUAUGACUCAGUGAAAUACACACUAGUGGUGGACGAACAUGCUCAGCUAGAGCUUGUCAGCCUAAGACAGUGUUACCAAGGCUACAGUGAUGACAGUGACUCAGCCACAGUCUACGAUAACUGCGUCUCCUCACCAUACGAAUCAGCCAUCGGGGAGGAGUAUGAGGAAGAUGAAGAUGAGGACCACGACCCAAGGCCCGGAGCAGUGCAGAGGGAGGCCACAGCCUGCCUCUCUGAGGACUCAACACCUGAGGAAGACCUGCAUUUCUCCAAGAAGUUCCUCAAUGUCUUCAUGAAUGGUCGCUCUCGCUCUUCUAGUGCUGAGUCCUUUGGCUUAUAUUCCUGUGUCAUAAAUGGAGAACAGAAAGAUCAGACCCACAGAGCAGUAUACAGGUUUGUGCCUCGACAUGACGAUGAGCUGGAGUUGGAGGUCGAUGACCCGUUGCUGGUGGAGGUCCAGGGAGAUGAUUUCUGGUACGAGGGUUACAACAUGCGCACUGGUGCUCAUGGGAUCUUCCCCGCCUACUAUGCCAUAGAGGUGAACAAGGGCACAGAAUGCUAUAAAGUUAAAAGCAGUGAGUGGAUGGAUAGAUACCGAUUGAAGUUUCUUGGAUCAGUCCAAGUGCCCUAUCACAAGGGAAAUGAUGUUCUGUGUGCAGCAAUGCAGAAGAUUGCCAACAACAGACAGAUGACAGUUAAGUUCAACCCGCCUUCCUUCUGCAUCCUGGAGAUCAGUGUCAAAGGAAUCAAACUUGCAGUUCAAGAGGACUAUUAUGCUUGUGACAGAAGUAAUGAGUGCAGUCAUUUCUUCCAAUUGAAGAAUGUCUCUUUUUGUGGCUACCAUCCUAAAAACAGCAAGUAUUUUGGGUUCAUCACUAAGCACCCAGCAGAUCAGAGAUUUGCCUGCCAUGUAUUUGUAUCUGAAAACUCCACCAAACCUCUUGCUGAAUCAGUUGGGAAAGCAUUCCAGUUGUAUUACAAAGAGUUUGUGGAGUUCUCAUGCCCAACAGAGGAUAUUUACCUAGAGUAACCCAGCCUUGUACAGAAUACUGUAUCAUAAAAUAAAGUUGCAUGAAGGACAAAUAUUUAAAAAGAAACAAGAACUACAGCUUUAAAAAAUAGACACUAUGACUACAUAACCUUUGUCCAGGAGUGGGGCAUGGAAAUGAGCCAAAAGUGAAAAGAAUUAUGCAAGUGAGGUGAGCUGAAAAGGUGGAGACUAAAAAUGCUAAGCACAAAAUAUAUCUUGGCAGCAAUAAUCAGCCUGUAGCAUCAUCUCAGCAGCUCCAUCACGAGAAUACUUGACUACUCCACAUUUCAGUUGUACCCAAUAUAAGAAAACCAGUAUCACAUAUUAAAAAAUUAUUUGGUCAAGUAUUGUUGUCUUUAAAAAAUGAGCUGUACAUGUACAAACGUAACAUCCAGAACACCAUUCAAGCAUUACAUUAGCUCAAAUAAACACCAGUGUGGUUAAACUUGUUUAUUUUAGGAAGCCUUUUAGAGUGAGAUGAUCAGUCAAAUAGAUGCCAAUUUGUUAUUCUUGAAUCAUUCUGAUUGGUGUUAACUCAAUUAAACAGGCUAAGAUGUUAAAAGUCCACAGGUUCAGGUUCUAUGUCUGUAUGCAACUUUUGGUGCAGAGAAGACAAAACAUAACAUAUAGACUGAUCCGUACAUCCAAGACACAAGAAAUCUAACAGAUUUUGUUGUCACACUUUGUAGUCUGCAGUGUAAUCACCACCUUCAGUAGAUGUAGAUGACUUGUACUUAGUAAAAAACGAUUUAACGUAAAAAAAUAAAAAAACUCAAGUACAUUGUGCAUUAACUGUCUACAUUAAAGGACAGCUUUGGUUGGCACUGCAGAGCAAAGCUAAGCAGCUGUAUCUUGUGUCCCGUAAAGAUUAAGUUAAUGUUUCACUUUUUUGUUUUCGCCAGAUAUCAAACACACUGUGCCCUUUUUUUUUUUAUUUGACCCAACUUGUUGUAUGAGGUGACAGCAAAUGAACAAAAUCUAAGCGCUGGUUGUCUUCUUACCUUCACUAGUAGUGCCUCUUUUGUAUCAGUUCAUUGUAAACUUUCUCAGUAAACACAUUUUGCCGCUGAGUGUGUUUAGUUUACAGGUUUGACUGCAAAUUAGAAUGAAGAAGUGUUUUGCUGUAAAUGGCUCUAUAUACCACUGCAUUACAUUUGCUGUACAAUAUUGUGACUAUUGAAUUCAAGCGUAAUUAAUAUAUUUCACAAAACAGAUGUUUCACCUUUUGGGCAAAUUGAAAAUGACAGGAUGAACAACUUCUAAUGUCUGAACAGCAUAUGGGUAUGAAGGUAAAGCAUAGUCAAAAAGAUUUCUCAUCCAUUUAUCCAUUUACUAUAUCAGUUUAAACCUGUUCAUGGUCCUAGCUGGGCUAGUGCCUAUCUUCAGUGGGAAACAAGUAAAAAGGGGCUAAAUCAUGUAACAUUAUAAAUUACAAUAAAUGUAUGCAACCGAGUUUAUAACUUUUUAUUUUUCCUUGUUGACAUUUAGUUUUUAUAACGGUAAAUUUUACAGAUAGGAUAAAGGCUACAUAAAACUUUAAUAGGUUCUGGUGUGGGACUUGUAGAAUUGCCCGUUUCCAUUAAAACAUAACUGAUUUGAUUUGGAUGAAAUUGUUACAAAAAUAACUGUUUAUUUAUCUCAAGAAAAAUAACUAUUUUAAGGUACAAUGUGAUUUUUAAUGGGGUUCUGAGCUGUCUGGUGCUGCUCAAAAAUAUCAAGUAACCAAAUGAAAAAAUUAAGUAAAAAAACAAAACAAUGAUUUUGUUGGCCAGUUGAGAAUAAAUAACUUAAUCCAAAAUAUGCAGGAUGGCAACCUGGGUAAAAACAAACCUGAACAAUGAUGAGCAUCUUGACUGCACAAGAAGGUGUGCAUGACUAGACACGACUUGGCAUCUUUCCUGGUUCUCAAUCAAAGAGCAAGUACAUAAAACCCAAGAACACCUGCUGACAAGAACUAUAUCAGUUUUAAUUUAGACACACGACCAACAUGCCAGUUCUUCUACAAACAUGAGCUGCACCAGCCUAAUCCUUUCAAACUAUACUGAAGGCACCCAUGGUACAAAAUGUAAAGCAAGAUCAAAAUUAGGGUUGGUAUGACUCCCCUUGUUUACCAACAGUAGUUAUGAAGCGGCACUUUCUACUUGAGACAGAAAUGGCAAUGAAUUACCCUAAGGUCAUCAUUACAGUAGAUUUAGUGCUUGAUCUUCAAAAGAUAUGCAUGUACAAAAAUACGUGCAAACUGGAUCGUGUGCACAAAGCUAAUCUACAAACCAGGUGGAAAUCAAAUUACAUGUGUAAAAUCAGCUGAACAGUGUGCGCAAAGUUUUUUGUGUUUGCCACUGGAGUUGUCAAAGCACAUGCUGUGGGGGAGGGGUGGCGGUUAAUUGAGCCGGCGGAGGUAAUACAGAUGUUUAGAACUAUAUUUUUGUCAGUAACUGUUAUCUGUUGCACACAAUCUUUGUAGAUUGCAUGCCACACGCCCAGUUAUUGCACUUACAGUUUGUUGGGUUUUGUUUGCACAAGCAAUUUAUUUUCACAACGCUUCUUCAUUUUACAUAGUUUGUGUGUGUUGAGCUCUACAUUAAUAAAAUACACAACCACAGUGAGGGCCCUUGGAUAUCAUGAAAGAGGACCUUAGGAUUACCAUCUCUUCAUAGUACCCUUUUUUCAGCAUAGUUAGAGAAAAGCGAUUUUGUCAUAUGAAAAAUGUAUUCUCUUAACAUCUGUCUAGUUUAUUAUUUUACAGAUGAUUGUGUGUAUUGUGUAUGUUUCAAAGCUGACUUUCUGCAGUAUAUAUUAAGGUUGACUGUGUCAAGAUUCCACAACCUCAGAGGACAUGAGCACUUGGCCAUUGACGCCUGUCAAUAGAAACACAAAAGGGUUUUGUACCAAGUAGAGUGAAGUGGAGCUGAUUUCAUGAUAUGGGAUAUCCACAUAACUCCAGUUUUCCUAAAAACAGAAGCAGCUGCAGGAUUAAGACAGGUAAACAAAUAACUAUUUCAGAUUUUCUAAAAGGUAAAUCUUUCCAAUCAUCCUGACAGACAUUUUAGUCUAGUUUGGCAGAAAGAUGGGAAAUCCACUUAAAAGUCCAGUUAGCAUACAUACUUGUUUAUUCAUAUUUAAAUUUUAUCAAUUGCCACAUCUGUUGACUUGUCUUUAUCUGGUCCCAAAAUAUCCAGUCUUUCACCUUCUAAUCUUACUCUCUUUUCUGACACAAAUAGUCUUUUUGGACAUCUAUAUUAAUAAAAUACACAAAGAAGGGUCUCGGUGAUCAUUACAGAAAACCAAAGGUUUACCAUUUUUAUUUCAUUGAAACCUACUUUUAGCAUACAGGAGUUACAGCAAAGUCACAGGGUGGCAUGGAAAUGUAUUCUUUCUACAUCUUGUCUAAUUAGCUUGUUUUACAGACUAGAUGAUGUACUGUAUUACAAAAUAAAACAUUUUGUUAAAGAAACAUAAAUAAUUGAAGAUUUCUGAAACUUUCUGUUCAGCUCACCGGUUUUAUUCCCCAUGUUGUGUCACUUUUAACAUAAACGCUAUGCUGCUAUUUUCUAACUAUUUUGUCGACAUCAAGAGCUCAAGACUUUCUUUUGACCAUACUUCUUUUUCAAGAGCCAAUCAUGGUAGCAGAAGGUUUACUGCAGUGGAAAGGAUGUAUAAAAAUGCGAUUUACGAAUAGUAAUGUAAUAUUUGUAAUUAUGAAGAAUAUAUUGUACUGUUUUAAUGUGUUCUAAUUUAAUGUGUGAAAUUUUGCUUUUGUUUUUGAUCUUUUCAGCUGUGAAUUAUUCUUGAUUUAAAACUGUCAAAGCA